UAUAACUUCUUCCCCACCCAUACCAGUUUAUUUCAUCCACCUGCUUUCAUGGACUGGUUAUUUCUGUUGUCAUCCAGCACACUGAGGGCUUCAGCCUGGCAAGCACGUCACUGCUAACUUUAGAUAAGUGACGUUAAUGAUAAGAUGAGCUAAAGGUGUAGUUGGAACUGGCAACACUUGCACACAUUGUGUUAACACUUGGUUUAUGUCAUUUGGGAUCCAAUUUCCAGGAAGUAGCUGAUCUGGUUAUUUUUUAGAAGUGCUGCUCGGAGGAAUGUUUUUUGUCACUACUGUGAAUUCUGAAGGGUUAAUGGAGUUGAAAGUAACACCUUGUUUUUCAGGCAGUUUAAGUUUAAAAGCACUCCUCAUCACAAAGAGGUUAUAGUUUAAAUGAGUAGUAUUAGGAAAGGAUGUAAAUGAACAGAGAAGCAAAAUUACUUGUGUGAACUGAAGCUAUGGUCAAGCUGAGGAAGAUAACCAGAGUUUACUGGCUUCCAGGCCAGUGCUCAGUACAUUACAGUUUAUUAAGCCAAAGUCAGUUUAACAUUUUCUUGCUUAUCUGAUAAGCCUGAGGGCAUGCAUAUUUACACGGAUUUACUGUUUGGUUUUAUAGAUAUUUCAUGAAGCUUUGCCUUUCAUUUUCAAGUACAUUGUAUUUUCAGUAGUAAUAUUUCAGAUCCAGCUUUUCUGUUUGCUGUUGCCCUUUGCCAUAUACAGUUACCUCUUGGAGCUUAUUUUUAGUGACUUCAUACGUUGCUGCAGCAACUGAACAACUGUUGUUUUAACAGCAGCCAGAAAUCCUUAGUCAAACUACCCACAUUCCUGGUUUCCUUCGUCAUGGUUAACCCUUUCUUUACCAGCAUCUUGAUAUGUUUUGCAGCGUCACCACCAGCUUCUUCAGAGGAUCUCUGUUGGAGCUGUUAGUUUGGCACUCAGUAGCUUCAUCAGAUCAGACGUUUGGUCUGGGAAACAUUGUCUGUAUGUGGUGAAGUCAUCUAAUUCCUAUAAAGCCUCUCUUAAUAUGGAGGAAGAUAAAUUGCUUUUACUUUGGUUUUUUUUUUUUUGACUAACAAAAUAGAAGUAAAGGUGUCCAUUUGAGCCUGUUUUAAGGGGGAAAGUGAUCUGUAAAUAUGUUAGGUAAUUCUAAUCUGGCUUUUCUUCUGAAUUCAGGCGAAUCCAUGAUUGCAAAGAACCUUACUAAUAUUUUGCUGAUGUAGCAUUAUCCUACUGAAUCUAGAGGCAGUCAAAACCCAAGAGGCAUUAAGUGUACAAAGUGAUCAGCCACGUGAAGUGUGAAGCCUACAGCUGACAUUUGAAGUGCCUACUUUGUUAAUUUUGACAGAAAUGCCCAGCAAAUGUGUUUUAUACCACAAUCCUAAAUUGCUCUCAACUCCUCCCCCCCCACCCCAGGAGUCAGAAGCCUUGGCUAUCAUAAUCUUCCAGCUUUACUCAUGACAACUUUAAUGCUGCAGCUGUAUGUUAUCAGUGCAGAACAUCUGGCAUUUCCAAGACUGGAAAUGAUGAAAUGAGUACCUCACUAGUUGAAGUGAAUAUGAAAACACCAAAGUUUCUGUACUGAUUAUAGUGUUCCGUUGUGUAUUGAAAGAGUCUGCCAUAGAAUUUCUAGGCUGUUGCACCAGAAUGCUGCAGUUGAGCACCCUUCUUGGGGGGAAUAAUGUAGCUUGAGGCCCUGCAAAAGCAUAUGGACAGCAGGAGGGAAGGAAAGCACAGAAAGACUUCCAGAGAAAUUAUCAGGAAUUCUGGGUCUCAGUCUUAUGGAGAGCCAUUGCUAAGCUUGUAGGACUGAAUAAGAUCACCCUAAUACUUGCUUUUUGUAUUUGGUACAUGGAAGAAGCCAGCAAUUUUGUUUAGGUUUUUUUAGAGCAGUUGAGUAAUUUUAGGGAAUGCACUUAUUCUUUUUCCGUCCCAGGAGGACAGAAGUAUGCUGUGUGCCUAUUGGAAUAUUCUUAGUGCAAAGCAAUUGCUCCUGGAAGUAUUUUGCCCCACAGUUGUGCUAAUUUCUGUGGGAAAUGCACAUAUGGAGUCCUUUCCACCACUGCAGAAAGGACAACAUGUAGUGCAGUAACCUUAUUCAGGAAUAGGAUAAGCUUGUGGCUGCUGUUAGAUGGGUCUUGAGGAAGUAUGCUCCUUGUACAUCCAUGCUAUAUCAGGAAGAGAUUUUGGCAUAAAGAAAGGAUAGCCAGUGUUCUCUUGCUAUCAGCUGGGUACCAUGUCUCCAAGGACAGCUAAUGUGUAUUACCAGCAUAGAAAAAGCAACUCAAAGAGUUUCCAUUCUGUAUGUCAAUACACCAAGAACAGUAGUAGACAAAAUGAUGAAGAGCAUUAUUAACAGUUGUUGCCUGCUUCUGCUGUUUGUAGCAAUAUAAUUUCCAGAAGGUAAAGAGCUUUGUUAGAAGGGGAGAGCAACCAGUGGAUUAUUACAUGGAGAGAGCAGUAUGGAGGAAAAUUGCCUCAAGGAGCUGCAAAUCUCUGGAGGCUGUGAGAGUAUACCAGAUAUUAUAAACACUUCAUAUAACUACACUGAUAUUUACUCUACUUAUCAAGAAAAUAACAGAAAUAAAGCUUCACCAGCUCUCAGGAUCACUGAUACAAGACGCAGGAUGCCAGUGACAAAUACCAGCAGUUCUGCACAUUAUUCAGCUCGGUCAACACAGGCUGGAUCGCAGACUACAGCUAGUGGAAGAGGUUUUGGAAGAGAUGUACUUGGUUCAGUAUAUCGCCCUUCAACAACUGUUAGAAAGGAUGAAAGGAUUUUAACAGACCACAGAGAAUUAAGAACAUUUACUCCAGCUUACAGUAGCUGGAAAACCACUGAAAUGCAGCAUAAGACAAUUCCUGACAGAAAGAAAACGGAAGUUACAACUUCAUCCACAGUAUCUUUUUCAAAAUCAGCACAUGCUGAAAGAUCAGACAAGGACCACAAGCCUGACACAAAGCCCGGGACUACUGAAAAUAUAAGAACAAAACCAAGCUUCACUAGAUUCCCAAUGUAUGAGCUGGAUACCAAUUAUAAACCAUCUAAGUAUGAAGAAACCAUAACUGAAACUUGGACCACACGAAAAGAAAACAGAGGAAGCAGCAAACCAACUGAAGAUAAAUCUCUGCUGAAAGAAAAAGAUAAGCCAGAGAAACAAACAAAGGAGGAGGAAAGGAAAACAGAUGAGAAAUCCUUUAAAGAAGAAAGAAGUGUUGAUUUUGGAAGGAAAAUGGAGGAGAAAACAUAUAUCCGUGAGGAAGUCAUUAACCAGAAGUUAACGGGGAGUGAUAUUUCUAAUGCAAGAACUUUGAAAAGCGAAUCAAUCAAAAAGGAUAUAAAUGCAGCUUCGGAAUCGAGAAGCAAAGGAGUCAUUGAGAUACCUAUCACUAUUGAAAAACCAGCUCCCGACAAAGAAUCUCCCAGUAAUAAAGAUAUAAGGUUAAAAGGUGUUAAAACUUCCAUAGGAAGAGAAAAUGAUGAGCAUGUAACUAAGCCUGCUGAAAUUCACCAAGUGAGGAUUUCAGAAGCAGAAUCCAGUUUGAAAGAUGAAGAGCAAAUGAGUGACAGAAGUCACAAAAUGGGAUCUUUGUCAACUGAAAAUAUAGCAGAGAAUAUUGUUGCUGACAUUCUUAGAAGUUUUACACAUUCUUCUAGUUCACAAGUAUCUACAGACACAAAAGUGACCUAUUUUAAUAAGAAAGAAGAACCAGAUGAUGGAAAAAUCAAGACUGAGAUCACAGUGCAAUCUCAAAUUCAAGAAAACAUAGAUAUUUCUGGUGAAGCUGAUGCGGGAGGUCUAUCAUACCAGGAUGUUAGAAAAGUGGUUCGAGAGGGUGUUGAGGGAACUCCUUCCAAAGAGGAGAUAGAAGAUAUAGUACAUCACGGCCUGAAAGGCAACGAGGACAGGAAGAAUGUCUCUGUUAACGUUGAGAUUGUAGAGGAGCCACUAGAUUAUGCCACUGAUGAAAGGGCUGAUUUUUCCACACCUUUUGAAGUAGAGGAAGUGGAAGAUACAUUCCCUGAGAGAGAGAGGCGUUACGGUGAGGAGGAGCAAAGCGUAACGUUCACAUAUGAAGAUGUUAAAAAGAAGAAACCACGCCAUGAGAGUUUCACUCAUGUGGAAGAAGUAACUGAGGAAGAUGACUCACCUACUGAACAAAAAUAUUUUGUGUCUGUUCCUGAUGAUCAUCCCAUUAUUAAUGAAAAAGACGAUGACUCAGUAUAUGGGCAAAUACAUAUAGAAGAAGAAUCAACUAUUAAGUAUUCUUGGCAAGAUGAAUUUUUACAAGGCACGCAAAGUAAGAGAGAUGGUGUAAGCUCUCCAGAAGAAACAUAUCAGGUGGUAGGGGAGGAAGCAAGUGCCCAUAUUUUAAAAGAGCAUCCUGAAGCUGAAACUUCCCAUGUAGAAUCCAUGGUUAUUGAAAAAGAAAUUAAAAUUCCCCAUGAAUUUCAGACUUCAAUAAAAGGGCUUUUAUCAAAGGAAACAAAGGACCCUAAACUGCAGUUGAAGGAAGCUUUGGAGCAGUUAGAGGGCAGUCUCCCAGACAGUGUGAAAGAGGAGCUAUCUGCAUUAACAAAACAAAGUCAAGCUGACUCCAGUAGCUUAGAGGUAGAUAUCAAAAAAGUUGAUCAAAAGGAGGAUGCUGGUGUGGUGACUAUUGUUGCUGAAGUCAAUCUAUCACAGACCCUUAAUACUGAUGAAUUCGAUGCAGCUCAGCUUGAUGAAGUAAUUGCAAGUGAGAAGGAGAAGGCAACACUGCAUUCCCUGAGAAAAGAGAGUUCGGAGAGAGUUGUUGAUGGUGUAAGCAAUAUAGAAGUAGGUGGUGACAAAUGUACUCCUUUGGCUGAUCAAGAAAUCUACAACUCCUCCACAGUGAGGAGAACUGGUAGCACAGGGUAUCAUACCACUGAAAAAGUUAUUUAUGACGGUUCAGUUUUUGAAGCUUCAGAUUUUGGAGAAGUCUCUCACUCACCACAAGCUACUGAUGAGACCAACACCAUAAGGCAUAUUAGGAUUAGUCCAGCAGAAGUUCAGAGAUUCGAGCAGAUUGUGCAUGAAGGGUCUGGUGCUGAAACAGUGGAGAUCAGUGCUUCAGAAGAUGUUGUUCAGAGAGAAGGAUCAUCAGAGUUCAGCCGAUCUGUGAGACAUUUUAAGCUGGGUCCUAAAGAAAUCCAAACCACAGAAGAAGUCAUUUAUUCAGGCCCUAUUUCUACUACAGAAGAAAUAAUUUAUACAGGCCCUAUUUCUACAGCUGCAGAAGAGAUUGAUUCUGGAAAUCUUUCCCAGUUUUCAAGAGACUUCAACAGGUCCACAAGACACGUCACAGUAGGAUCAAGGCAAGUAACUGAAGAAGUAUCUUUUGAAGGACCUGUUUCAGACUCUCUGGAGCUCAACAGCUCAGGUAACAUUUCUCAGACAGAAGGGUCUGUGGACUCCAGCAAAUCAAUAAUGCACUUCAGAUUAGGUCCAAAAGAGAGUCAAACUGAGCAAGUUAUCUUUGAAGGACCAAUCUCUGGUAAAGUGGAGGUCAGUGACACUAGAGGCUUCUCACAGACAGAAAGUUCAGUCAGACAUAUUCAGUUGGGUCCCCAAGAGUUUAUGACAGCUGAAGAAAUCAUCUACCAUGGGCCUGUCUCUGAGCACACAGAAAUCAGUGAACUGGAAGACCAGACUCUUUCAGGAGGCUCAGUAAAGCAUUAUAGAGUAGGUCAAGUGGGAGUUAAAACCACUGAACGAAUCAUCUAUCAAGACUCCCUUUCUGAAACUCCACAGCUCAUUUACCAAGAAGGACAUAUUUCAGAGAAUGAAGGAAGCUCAGAUACCAGUAGAUCUUACAGGCAUGUUAAAAUAACUCCUGUAGAAAGUCACACUGAGGAAAUAAUCUUCGCAAGACCUACUUCUGAAACAGCGGAAGACCUUUCACAAACAGAAGAGUCAUCUGAGAGCAGUAGGCCUGUAAAGCAUAUUAAAGUAGGAUCCAAGGAAACAUCUUAUACUUUUCAAAUGGAUGUUUCCAAUAUGGGUGGAAUAUCUAUCAUAAAAAGUGGAGAACAGCAAGGAACAAUGCUCGUAUCCAAUAACCAAGAUCCUUCUGUUAGUCAGUCACAGAUGGCAGAGAAUGAAAAGAAUGAGUUUGAUAAAACUGUGCAAUUGCAAAGAAUGGUAGACCAAAGGUCAGUUAUUUCUGAUGAAAAGAAAGUCGCUCUUCUCUAUCUGGACCAUGAGGAGGAAGAUGAUGAUAAUGAUGGACAGUGGUUCUGAAAGGACUCUUUAAUGAAAUCUAGUUGGUAACUUGUUUAUACAUUUUUUAUUAUCCGUUUUCUUCUAAAAAGAGAAAGAAAGGGAUAGAGAGACACUCAAACUAUUCAGAUAAUUGACAGUGGACUGAAAUACUGAAUCUAAGCCUCUACCUAUUCAGCACACUUUUGGGGAAAAAUCAUGUUAUUAGUAUGUUUUCCUCAGAGAUCCGUGUUCAAUAAUUUCAGAUGUUUCCACCCAUAGAAACAGGAAUUUGCUACUAGGGAAUUCAAAGGAUUAUAUUUUGUGUUUGUUUUUAUAGGAUGUCAACUAAUAAGUGUGUACUUGAAUAGGUUUUUUAAACUUAAAAAAAAACAAAUACUGUAUUGUACUUGGUUACUAAAAUAUUCAGCAAUUCUAUUUAAAUCUCAAGCUACUAACCACAGCUAUAACAGAAAGUAAGACUAACGAGCUGGUAGGUAGCUGACUUUCAGUUCUGUUUCUGUCUAUUUACAUGCGAUACCUAAUGAAAGCAUUUUAAGAUUACCUAAUGUAAGCAUUAUUACAGCUAUAAAAACUAAAUAGGAUUCUGUAGGAUCAAACUCAGCAUAGCAAGAGCUGACAAAAUAUAUUUGUGUAAAAAGAAUGCAGUGAAAAAGACAGAAUAUUGAAGCAAGGAUUCCUCACAGUAUUCCUUGUGAGAAAUAGUGAUUUUUAUGGUUAGAAAGUAGUACAUUUUAGUAUCAUUAAAAGGAAAGAAAUGAUAAAAAUAGGCUGGAUAGUAUAUCCACUGAAGUAACUUCAGUGGCUAUGACAUGAAUAACAUCAACUUAUUUUACAGUACAUGGGUUACCUUGAUACUAGGUAUUGCUAAAGGUAAGCAUGAAGUCAAGCAUUACAUAAUGCCUAAUUUCUUCACACAGUGAAAUUAGCUGAUACGUGUUCUGUUCUUGUAAAAAGAACCUGAAAAGUUGUAAAAAUGGCAUUGAUGACACUUAGGAUCAUGGUGUGUGGAGGCCUUCCCACACAAUCCUUUCUUUGUUUACAAAUGAGAAGAUGCCCUUUUCAAUUGCUAGCCAUGCAAAUCCAACCUGAGAUUGGAGUUUCCCUUUUUUCCUUCUUUUUUUUUUUCUUUUUUUUCUGGUGGCAACAUUUGCUUCAGAGCAAAGUUUCUACUUAAAUAAUUUGAAAAUAAGCUAAUUUCAUGUGGAUUGCACAUUGGUUAAAUGAAGGACAUAGUUUAACUUUAUAAUUCAGUGACUUCAAAGUCCAGAUCAGAAACCAACACCACUAACUGUACUACACUGUGCAGUGCUAGCAGAAGCAAAAAAUAGCAGCCAAAAUAUUUUUGUUACUGGGGUAAGAAGAUACCAUACUGGACACAGAGGAGAAACAGGAUCCACAAAUGAGAAGCUGCUAUUUUUACGUGUACACACACACGCACAUUCACUUGCUCACCCUCUCACACCUUCUCUGCAGAGCAGAAGCACACCUGUAUCCGGAUGGCUGUGUUGUGCCAGGCUGGUGGUUGCUGACUCAGAUUAGGGUUUUUUUCCUGUGGUUACGUAGGAAUAGUUUUGUGUGUGCUGUAUUAGAAUCCAGUUAUACUAUCUUACUCUGCCAUGUCUAGUCAUUUUUCAGAUUCCUUACUAUUAACAGAAGCUAGGUUUUUCAAAACUGACUGCUGCUUUAUAAUAUGAAUGUAAAUGCAAAGCUGAAGAGAAGCUCCAUGCUGACUGACAUAUGCUGUUUCAGACAUGGGACAGUUUAAUUGUUGUGUGCCUUCGUUACUAAGUUUGAAACGGUAUAAAACUAUUAAUGUGCCAAAGAUUAACUCUUAAGGCUUCUCUGUGCUGCAAACUUUUGUCUGUUUUCCUUCUUUUGUUUGUGUGAGUACCAGUGUACUCAGGAUUGGAUGUUUUUCGAUCAUGUCAUAUGAAAUCAUUUGUUGAAAUUGGAAACAUAACUAAGAGAUGGAAAAUGAACAGGAAACGGAGUUGUGUAGAAGCACUACAGGCAUGUAUGCUGAGCUCAGUGAUGCUUUUCAAUGUGGAAUGGAUACUGUUUAUUCAAAAUUAUUCAUAUGUGCUCAAAAAAAUGUUGUGCUUCCAUUUAUAAAUAGGGUUUUAUUCAUUGUAAUAUUUCUAGUAUCAUCCUAUACUUCUGUUUCCUUAGCUGACCCUAUGAUUUUAAAGAUGGUCACAUCUAUUUUAAUAAUUGUGUAUAAGUCAGAAUUUUCCAGCUAGAUGCCUAACUGGAAGCAAUCAGAUUCUGUGCUUCAAGUAUUAAAUAAUUGUGUAAAGGGUGAAGGAAGGUCUGUAAUAAGCAAGAGUUAAAAAUCAGUAUUAGUUUUCUUGAAGUUUUAUUCUUAGCUGAAAUUUAUUCUUCCUCUUUAAAACAGAUAGAAGAAUAUCUGCAGAAACUGUAUUUUGUAACCAUCAAGAAGCUACUUAAAAGGUCAAACCUUGUUAUUGAUACCUUGUGGUAUCUUUGACUGACAUGCUCCAUAGGAAUAACUGUACCAAACCUCUUCUGUUUAUUUUCACCUGCUCAGAAGAUUACAAUGUCAGGUGAAGGAAUAAACCAGUAAGGAACAAGUGAAUCACAGAAGGUAGAUGGACUUACAAUUGAAGGAGGAGGGAAAAAAAAACCAAAAUAAAUCAGUAUUGUUUCUAGUGAGGCCACAACAUCUCUCUAAAAAUUCCUUUACACAUCAGUAUCAGAGGUAGUAUGUUAUACCAAGUUAUAUUUUGAAUGUCUGGAGGGGAAAAAUUGUUCUGUGUACUUUAGUUCUAUUUAAGAUCAGGUUUUUUAUUAACUGUUGGAAAGUUAUUGUACAGGAAAUGUGCAUUAGCAUGACAUUUAAAGAUAUGCACAGUUCCAUUGCAUGAAUACUUUCAGGCUGUGAAGACAAAGAUAUCCCUUGCAAAAAGGGCUUAAGUUUUAAAAAUGUUUGUGUAAGCAGCCCAUUAACCUGAAAUGUUUUGACAUAAUGAUAGCUUUUGGAUAAUGUUACCUUCAGGCAACAAAGCGUAGUUAGGUGGACAGUUGUAUCCUUCAGGCCUGAUGGUUGCAUUUGCAGAAGCAGGGCUGUAGGUACAUGCAUGACUAGUAAGAGUAAACAUGACUUACUUGUCUGAUAUACUAACUCACCUUGUACAAUGACUUUCUGCAUCAGUAUUAUAACCUGUGGCUGAUAUACCCUCGGUCAGCAUGCACUUCUGAAGCUUUGUCAUGUAAGUUGUGCUUUUCAUUAAAUACAAAUAAGAACUUUACUGCUCAGUUUGGAUUAAACAAAAUGCUUUAAAAAUAUAAUUAGUAAUUUGAAAAUAUAAAUAUCAACUAUAUAUUUAUAUGCCAAUAUAGAUCAGAAGUGGGGCACUGUUUUCCAAAUGUGUAAACCACUGGUCUAGAAAGCAAAUAUUAGCAUAGAAUAUAAAGAAAGAUGUGUGAAAGAGAGAAUUCUGGAUUGACUGAUGUUUGUGAAUAGCAGGUGUUUAAAAAGACGGUAAGAAUGUUGAAACUGGUUUGUUGAUGUCAGCUGUGUGAAACUUUGCAGGCAGCUUGUGUUUUGGUCAUUUGCAAUGAACCUGCAUUUUUGUGGUGGUAUAAGCUUUGUGAUUUUACACUUUUUCACUCUUGAGUAUUAAACAAUCAAAAUCA